ACUCCGCCACUAGGCCACUAGUAUAUAGGCAAACCAAGCUCGCGUCCAAAAGUCCCACUGCCCAUCGCGCAGUUCCCCCCAAUCGGACUCCCCCACGCUCCCAGCUCCCCCACCCCGCCCGAACGCGCGUGAUGGCGCACAAGCGGCCGUUCGACGCCGUCGCGCCGGAGCAGGAGGCGGCGCCGUCCCCGAGGAAGCGGCUGCGGCGGGCGGUCUUCAUCGUGAUGUUUCUCCGCAGCGACAGGAGCAGGGCGAGGGCGGCGGCGGUCACGGGCGAGCAGAUGGAGCACGUGGUUCGCCAGGUGCUCGCCGCGUGGCUUGGGUCCAUGGAGGAGAGGCUAUUCCGCGAGCUCCCGGGCAUACUACGGGGAUUGUCGGCGGAGCAGCUUGGCGCUUUUCCCAGAUCGUUCGUGGGAUCCAAAGAAGAUACAGUUCGGCCAGUUCUCCAGAAACAUAUGCAGGAGCCACAACGAGCUUCCCAUCCUAAUGGUGCUGAUGAGCCUUCAAUUUCAAGAUCUGUUAUGGUAUCCAUGGAAGAGAAGAUCCGGUCAGUUCGCCAGAAACAGAUGCAGGAACCACAACCAGCUUCAUUUCCUAAUGGUGUUUAUGAGUCUUCAAGUUCAAGGGUGAUACCACAAGGUCUUCCUGAAUCUGGAGGUAGCUCUGGAGUAGUCAGGCUACGGUUUGUUGGUGUUGACAGACCAGAAGAUCCACUUUUCACUCGUUGUCCAGUAGAAUGGCAGAAUGGAGAAAACCCGAAGGUAGCAAUAUUUCUAAAUGAGAAGCAAAUCACAGGCGGUGAUCUUUCUAAGCUGCAAAUUGAGAUUUUGUCAGUCAAUGCCGAAUUCUUUACUGAGAGAGGACAAGAUGAUUUCACUGAAGAGGAAUUCAACAAACAUAUACAUAUGUGUAAAGGGCAAGAGUCAGUCUUGACAACUGUUAAUAUGAGAAAUGGUGAGGCCGAUCUUGGUUGCAUCAUCUUUAAAGAGAGCUCCUACAGGCAAAAGUUAAGAUUGGCAGCAAGAGUGAAAAGGCAGGAUCUUAGAGUCAGAGUUCAAGAAGCAAUUACUUAUCCCUUCGUUGUCAAAGACCGCCGAAGUGAAUUAAACGCAAAGAGUAAUUGUCCAUCUAAGGGAGAUGCAAUACAUCAAUUGAGGAAAAUUUCCCAAAAGGGAAAACAUUGGAUUGCCCUUACCGAGAAAAAGAUCACUACAGUGAAGCACUUGUUGCGUCAGUAUCACAAAGAUAAAACUGGUCUACAAAAGCUUACUGGCAUGAAGAAAGAGGCUUGGAGCACCAUGAUUAAUCAUGCCACCACGUGUGAUCCUGGGGAAGAGAUUUACUCUUAUAGAGUCGCGGAGGGUGAACUCUUAUUCAACGAUUUCUAUUAUCUUGUCGGUAUGAUGAUGAAUGGAACAUAUGUUCCCGUCAGAGACCUUGAGCAGUUUCCGCAGCAUACAGUGAACAACUGGAAAAUGUCUGCGUACGAGAAAUUUGAGGAGCGAGAGAACUCAGGGGGUCUUAUUCCUGACUAUGUGAUGUGCAAGUUCAAUGGUCGCUUGAUGAUCAAUGGCCGCCCUGUCUGUGCAGUCCCUCUGAACAAUGAUGCAGGUCCUUCUAUACCAGCUACAACGAUAUUGCCAUAUCCUAAUAAUAUGGCUGCAAAAAAGGGUGUAGGUCUAACUGGCCAACAUAAUGGAUACUUAAGCUCCUUGACGACUGAUGCUCCUGGUACUUCUUGUCCUGUAAAAGAACUUGGUCAGCAUGAUCGGUCUAUGCCACAAAAUGGAAAUCCUUACUAUCCAACUCAGGAAAAAUUCGUGAAUUGUGAGGGACCAUUCUCAGGACAGCCAACUGUUCCUUCCCAGAAUUUUCUGCCAGUUUCAGAGGACGACUUGAUCCCAGGUGCAAGUCUGAUUGGCCAACAGAAUGGGUCCUUAAACUCCUUGAUAACUGAUACUCCUGAACUUGGUCAGCACCAUCCUUUUAUGUCACAGAAUGGAAGUCCUUGCUACCUGACACGGAUAAAUAUCUUAAAUGAUCAAGGAUCAUUCUCAGGACAACCAACUAUUCCGUCCCACGGUGCUUUGCCAGUUCGAGAGGAGGACAUGAUCGCAGGUGCAAGUCCAACUGGCCAACAGAAUGGGUACUUAGGCUCCUUGGUGACUGAUGUCCCUGGUACUUCUUGUCCUGUAACAGAUGGACUUAGUCUGGGAACGUCUUCAUUUAACAAUGCGACGGCUGACAUCUGGAGUGGGUUUUCUCCAACUGAAUUACAGGAAUUUCUACUACAAGUGAAUUUUGCAGACCAGGACAUUGUACAUGCUAACAACGCAGAACUGCCGAAUUCCAACUUCCGAUUUGAUGGUUAUGAACAUGAUGACAGCAACCCAUGAUUAAACUUGACAUGGCUGCAACCGGCAUUCCUCUACCAGACUGAACUAUUCUAGUGUUACGAAACCAUAGUGUCGUAAAUAUAAAGUGUUGUAAGUAGCAACCGAGAUUUUUCACACUGCCCAUGUAAAGCUUGUAUGGCUACCCGCUGUACUAGACAUUUGGCUUGCAUUCUUAUUAAUGAACUCAGAAACAAGAUAGGUGUCUUGUAUUGAACACCGAUAGCAUUUGUACUGCUAAACUUUGUGUAAUCCUAUCAAAGUAUCAAUCAAGCUUCCUAGUUAUAUUAA